AUGAAGAACUAUCUACUUAAAGUAGUUCGGUUAGAACGUGAUCAUCAUAGUCGAGAAGUUGGCGCAGCACUGAGCCGCUUAGCAGGUAUUGAGUCGGCCUUAAACAGUAGGGUUGCUUUGGAUUCCGAAAAUCGUCGCGCUAAACAGUUCUGGAUCGCCUGUCACAGUCUGGUCGACUCCAUUCAGCAUGGUAUCAAAGCUGGCGAAGACAUGGAAAAACGGCGGUCACCGUUAGAGGAUUCAUUGCGUCUGCUUGAGCAGUUCACCGAAAACAUCACUGGACAAAUCAUGCCAGGCCCCUUGACUUCGAGUCAAUUAUGA